ACAGACACCAUUGUCUCUCAUUGGCUGACCAGUGGGAAAAGGUUGCCUUUGAAGCAGAGGGAGCUUUAUGGGAAGCUGGCGGUAGGUGAGGAGGUACCCUGACACUGGCUCUCCUAAGAGCUUCAUCUUAGCGAUUCACUACCAUCACACAGAGGCUGGGGAACGGGGGUGUAAACUAAGUGAGACAAAGGAAGUCUGCUGAAUCAUCUGUAAGCCUCGGACACUGGCUGGGCUGGUGGUGAUAUCACCAUGUUGAGCCUUCUACGGUGGAUAUCCACAUUCUUUCACGGGAGCAACACGUCUGAAGAAAUAUCAGAGGAACAGCCUCAAGAUAACACCAGGUUGAAGUCUAUUCAGGGAGUGGUCACCUCUCUGUGCAAUUACUAUGGCUGGAUCAAUGACUCCAUCCUCUUCAACAUGGAGGUAAUCAGUGACAAUGUGCCUCUGAAGAUCGGGACCAAUGUCCUUGCCCUUGUGGAACAAGAUGAAAUAACUCAUACCCUGAAAGCAAUCAAGGUGAAAGUUAUGAAUGAUCUUCCCGAGGGCAGUGAGCCAUCAAAACUUGGCAGAAGGCUUUGUAUUAGAUGUGUCACCUCUGUAACUGAAGAAGACGUGUAUGUCACCGAGAACAUGUCUUUCCCAUUAUACCUCUUUUCUGGCGCAUUCAAACCUUUCAAAGGAGACUUGGUACUGGUUGAGUAUUCCAUGAAUUCAGGCACAUCAAACAUAAAUAUCCACUCUGUGAGCCCCCUCAACUCUCAGGAUAUGAAUGAGGUCUAUGUUACUAGCAUUGAUGGAAGAAAUGGCAUGGUGGAAGCCAGAGUCUUUUUCACCCUCGACUCUCUCCAGAUACCUUCCGGGUAUACACCUGGAUUAUACGACAUUGUAGAUGUGGUCGCUGUCGACAGUAUCCAGCAACACUGUUCACUGAGGGCAGUAUCAAUGACCCCAGUACAAGAGGAGAUUUAACCAGACCUACAAUUCGCUUUCCGGCUUAUGCCCAAGGUUCUGGUUUAGUAAAAUAAUGUUGCGUGUAAUCCAGAAA